AGACACUGUGGAGCCUCUACGUGUCUCUUCCGGGGUUGCGUUCACUGACUUAAACGGAAUGUUGUAAAGAACAACGUUUAUCUUCUAAAAUAUCCCGAAUCAAAGAUCGUUGUGUAGUGCGCUCGUCGUUUGUCUAUUCAACUUGAAUGACCUGUCACAACAGGGGCGAAGCAGCGGAGCAGCGUCCUCCACAAUGCCGCCGUGAAGUGGCCCGUGUGGGAGGCGCAGGAGGAGGAGAGCCCGGACACGGAAAGGUCCACGCACAACAUCCACCAUGUCGAACCGCAAGCACAGGGACAACCAGGAGAUCUGCGCCCGUAAGGUCCGCGAGCUGGCCCAGUCCGGAGUAAACAAACACUGCUUCGAGUGCAACCAGCCCGGGGUGACUUACACGGACGUGACCGUGGGCAGCUUCGUGUGCACGUCAUGCUCCGGAAUGCUGAGAGGCCUCAACCCUCCGCACAGAGUCAAGUCCAUCUCCAUGACGACGUUCUCCCAGCAGGAAGUGGAAUUCCUUCAAAACCAUGGCAACGAGGUCGGCAGGAGGACUUGGUUGUGCUUGUUUGAGCCCAAGGCGGACGGCUGCUCCGACAUGAAGGACUUGCAGAAGUUCAAAGAAUAUCUGCAGGACAAAUAUGAGAAGAAGAAAUGGCAUUUUUCCAAAAUGAAGAACUGCCGAGACAUGGAGGGAGGUCCUUGGAGUCCAGGGGUCCAGGCCGUCCUCGCUCAUGGUCCUUUGGCCGGGCAGCACCCCCCUCAUAGCCUGCCCCCAAACGCCAGGCCUGCCAGGAUGCUGUCCCAGAUGUCGCCGUGGGAUCGAGCCCCGGCCAUUUCGCCCGCCGACGUCCGCGCUGACGUGUUUACCGCUCGGCCCUCGCGCUCCCAAAGCUUCCGAGACGCCCCGCUGAAAGACCACAACAUGUGCGGUAUUGAAAGACAGCGCCCCGGCUCACUAUCGUCAGCACUGGGGGGUCCAACCCACGGCCCUUCCUUUCCUGCCCUUCCGCGGCCUUCAGCAAGUAGCUCUUUCAAAAACCACUUCACUUUAGGUCGAGCAGUGUCUGCCUCGGGGACCACGGGGCCUUUCAGGGCCUUCCCCAAAUCUCUCAGCUUGGACUUUGGAGGGUUAAAACACACUCAAGCUCAGCCUCCUGUUCCUCUGCAGACCGCCAAUGCCCAGGACAGAUUCGCCGCAGUGUCCCACCUGGACAGCGUCUUCUCUGACACAGCGCCCCCUGCCGGCCCUCCGCAGUACAGUAGCCUGUUUGCCAGCAGGCUGUCUUCCAGCUCCACUCCCGCCAGCUCCCCAGGAGUGGAAACAGUGUCCAGCUCACAGACAUUUGCAAAUUUCCCCAACCCAUUCAGCUCCGGCACCGUCUCCCAGCAGCCCACUGCACUGUCCCCCAGUAACCCCUUCAGCAGCCCCCCAGGAGGCGACUCCAGUGCAGUUUUACCGCCGCCUGCCUCAUUUCCUCCAGAGGCCGUCAACAACCAGGAAGCCAAUGGUUUUGCUGCCUUGCCCGCCUCCGACGAGCAGCCCAAAGUCCCUCGGCCCAUGUCGGUCAACCCGUUUACAGGGAACGUUUACCCGAGUCAGGCGACGUCACGAAACCCUUUCAUCUGACCGGUGCAUCUCUGGAAACGUCACAAGUCUCAAGUGUUUUCAAGUCAGCUUGGAGGGUUCGCAGGGCAUGCAGACCACCCUCUCCCCUUUCUUUGUAGGCUCCUCCUAUUUGUCUGUGUGUGUGUGUGUGUGUGUGUGUGUGUGUGUGUGUGUGUGUGUGUGUGUGUGUGUGUGUGUGUGUGUGUGUGUGUGUGUGUGUGUGUUAGGGGGGAUAAAAUGCAUGAAUGUAAUCCUGACUCCCAUUUUGUCUCAUUGGGAGCGUGGUAGUACUACAGUGGGAGUCAACAAAUAUUUUUUCAAACAUGUUACAUGCAAACUGCUGCUACUGUCCCCUUUCUCUCAUCCCCCCGCUUAAAGUAUAAAAGAAAAAUAAUGAUAACCCGCCAACAGUAUUGAAAAAGCCACACAAAAUUGGGCUUUCAAUGAAGUGUUAGUAAUUAUGCUAAUUUGCCGCCUUAAAGCCUCCUGAUGCAUGUGCAGAAGCAUCGAAAAGGCCUUUUUUUAAACCCACUUUCAGGCUGCAUGAGCUUAGAGGGCUAAAAUGCUACUGAAUGUAAAAGUUUGCUGCACAAUAACUUCAUGGAUGAAAUGUUAGUGCUUCUUAUUACUGGACCAAACAUUUUUUUGCCAAAAAAGAAAGCAAUGAUGGAAACAUGAAGGACUUGUGUAACAAUUGUUAUUCAUGUUCAUAAAAUCACUUUGUUUGCCUAUUAAGGGACUUUGCCUGCGAGUCUUAUCAUUGGGCACAAAAAUGGAGUCCAACAAUAACAUUAACAAUAUUGCUACAAAAGUUUUAACAAUGACUCAUAAAACUCACAUUGUAGGCCGACUGCAGUGAUUAGUUUCACCAGCAGAGGGUGCUGGUUGUUUAUUUUCCCCACUGAUGUCUUGCCGGAGGUUAAUUUAGGAUGCACAUUGCAUAACAUGCAUAUUGUGUUGGAAUACUCUGCAAAGACAGAACGCCACCAGGGUAGCUAUUUUUAGAUUUAAUUCACAGCCUUCCCCACCUCAACUGUUUGUAUUGAAUUAUAUAGUUAUACCCGGGAAUAACUGGACAAGUGCAUUCAUGUUUUAGCAAUAAAUAAAUGAUGCAAAUGUGGAGGGAACACUGGCAUCCUCCACACAUCAUCACAUUGUUGCAAUCA